AUGAGUACACUUGCUGGGAAUGGAUAUGAGAUGCUCAAGUUUUGGAAAAUGUUUGACACUGGUCCUUCAUCAUCUUCUCAACAAGACAUGUCAAAGAAAUCUUCUUCAUCUUUGCAAGCCAGACAACGAAAUGAUUCUGUAGCAUCUUUGAAAGCACAACAUAGAGCAAGCGCUUAUUUUGCCAUGCCAACCACCACAACUUCCAACGAUUCAAUCACACAGCAACGGCACCAAAGCUGCAUCUUUUCAUCAUCAUCCAUUCAACUCCUUAACAACGAGUCAUCCAUGCAACAACAACGCUCAUCACCUUCUUGCUCGAAACCUACACAAGAAGGCAGCAACACUAGCCGUGAAUGGCAAGUGAUUGAAGCCGCUACAGCUGCUGCUGCUGUUGGCAAUGUUCAUUGCUCGUCAUCUUCCACAGCAUCUACCGAUACCACCAACACCACCGCAACAGCCACUGUGCUUUACAAGAAUACGGAUGAGGAGAUUAUAUCGCUUCGUGCCGAACUUGAAAAGGAAAAAAGUACGGUUGUGGCGUUGAGAAAACAGAAUCAAGCCAUGACUCAAAACAUGACCCAGUUGGAAAUAACAAACAAGGAAAAUGCAGCCAAGCUGGAAGAAAUGGAACGUGAAAAGGACAAUCAGGUGCAAGAUAUGGAUCUUCUCUUGCGAAAAAUGAAGACGACAGCUGAAGAUGCAAGAAAGUGGUCAUUUGAAGCGAGCCGUUACAAAGAAGAAAUGGAGGCAUUGCGUGUCAGUGCACAACGUGAAAAGGCGGGAUGGAUAACGCGGAUGAGAGAAAAGGAUCGCAUUAUCGGCACAUUGAAUUCGCGUUUGGCGCAAUUGGAACAGGAGGUCAUGGUAUUACGACAAGAUCCACACCCCACAGCUUUAUAUUCUCAUGUCGAGCCCGAAGAAAUGAUGCAUCCCCCAACACCCUUGCCUGGCGGGCUGCUUCUUGAUCAUGAGCUACGAGAAUUGACACAUGAAAAAGAGAGACUACAAUCGGUGUAUGGCAAAAUUCCAAUCCAAGUGGUGAAUAGGCAUCAAAGGCACCAAAAGGAAGAGCUGGAAGAACAAAUGCACAAGAUUGAUGGCCAAUUGAGCCGUAUUCGGCAAAAGAUCAAACGCACGGUGCUGUAA